CCUUUUUCAGUGCUUCUGUUUUUUGCCACAAUUUUCACGGCGUCCUAAAAAAUAAAGGUACAUUUUGUGUAGUUAAAAGCACUUUAUUCGGAAAUUUUUGAGAUUGAAUAUUCAUUUCUUUAAAGGUUGAGAGUUAAAAAAAAUAUCUCCAACAAAAAGUGUAUAAUUUGUGAAAGAAAAUAUUUUCAAGUUUUAAAGCGGCGAAAAUAAAAAUGGGAAGAGUACAUAAGAAAAAAAUUGCAGAAUAUGCGGAAUCUGCUGAAAAUGAAAACGAACAAGAUGAGGAAACUAAAAAAAGCGCCACGGUGGAGUCCAAUAGCGAUGAAUCGGAAGUUGAAGCUGGACGUGAAGAAGGUGAUGAUGGAAAGAAAAAACAAAGCGUUGUAAGAGAUCAAACACAUCCCCAAGGGAAUACCGAUGAUGAAUUCCAUUCUGUACAGGGUAGUGUCACCGAUGAUGAUCAGGAAGAGGAAGGAAGUAGCGGUACGAGCGGUAAGAAGGGGAACAAACGCAAAGCAGCGCCAGAGAAACUAACGGAUGGCGACAAUGAUAAUAUGGACAGUGACGAUGAGCCAUUAAAUGGCGGCGGUACUGGUGGUGGUGGAGCUAAGAAGGGGCGCAAGUCGACAGCGGGUGGAAAACAGAAAGCUACGGGAAAGAACGGCAAGACCGCUGGUAGGCGUGGCAAGGGCAAAAAAGCACAAACUAAGGCUCUGGCGGUAGAGGAGGAUGACGGAGGAGAUGAGGAAGUAUACGAGGUUAAAGAUAUUGUGGGUCAUAAGGUAGAACAUGGUGUUACUUACUAUUUGAUACGCUGGAAAGGAUACACCAAGGAUGACGACACAUGGGAGCCAGAGGAUACUCUAUCGUGCCCAGAUAUAAUUGAAAGAUAUCAAAAUAAGCAAUCGGCCAACAAAACAAAUAAGAAAAGUGGUGUUGCUGCAAAGAAAGGACGUCCAACAAAAAGCGAAUCAUCGGUUGAUCCAAACAAAGAAUGGGAGGUAGACAAGAUAAUCGACUAUGCUGAAGAGAAGAAUCAACGCAUAUUUCGCAUACGUUGGAAGGGUUUUGGACCGAAGGCGGACACUUGGGAACCGGAAGCGAAUUUGUCAUGUGACGAAAUCAUUGAUAAAUUUAUGAAACGCAUGAAAUCCCAAGAAAAUGUAUCAUUUAAAGAACUUCGUGAAGAGCCGAAAAAAACCAAACGGCUUGUAAAUGAAACAUCACCACGUACAAAUUACCAUAAUCCAAUUGGGCGAAAAUCAAAGCGCGCCGUAUCAAAGAAAAGGGUUUAUUAUGGUGAUAGUGAUGAGUAACUUGAAGUUUAACGACAUACUUUUUUGAUGUCUUUAUAACGUUUCUUUUAUCUGAAAAAAUAUUUUUUAUAUAUACGGCAACAUCUAAGCAUGUCUUGCGGUGUUUUAAAUUUUUAGUUCCAAAAAUUUGCUUUUGAAUGUUAACAUUUUAGCCGAUAUUGCUUUAUUAAUAUCUAUCUAAAUUCUAUCUGUCACCGCAUGCCAAACAAAAAUUAAUUUGACCGAAUUUUAGACUUUUUAAGUUAAAUAUUACUUCGCCGAAUAUAUAUAAAAAAAAUCAACUAUGCGUAUAUACAUAUGUAUGUACGCCCUCGGUGACAUGAUGUACGUAUUAGUAGUAAUACAUUUAUAAUGUAUAUUUGAUUUAAAUGAAUAAGAAACAUUGAAUUAAACAUUUUAUCAACCAUAUGAAAAUAUUGCAAAUUAUUUUUUUUUUUAUAAAAAAGAAAAAAAAAAGAAAAUUAAACAAGUUCUAAAAAUUGUAACCAGUAGAUUUAUACAAAGCUAUAACUCUACACGAUUUUAAGAAUAAAUAUAAUGAAUGACA